UGAUCGGGCCAAGAUGGCGUCGCCCAGCUGUUUGUGGCUCCUGGCCGUCGCUCUCCUGCCGGGGUCUUGCGCCGCACCCGCGCCGGGCCAUCUCGACCCGCCGGCGCCGCUGCCGCUGGUGAUCUGGCAUGGAAUGGGAGACAGCUGCUGUAAUCCCUUAAGCAUGGGUGCUAUUAAAAAAAUGGUUGAGAAGAAAAUACCUGGAAUUUAUGUCUUGUCUUUAGAGAUUGGAAAGACCCUGAUGGAGGAUGUGGAGAACAGCUUCUUCUUGAAUGUCAAUUCCCAAGUGACAACAGUGUGUCAGAUUCUUGCUAAGGACCCUAAAUUACAGCGAGGCUACAACGCCAUGGGCUUCUCCCAGGGAGGCCAAUUUCUGAGGGCUGUGGCCCAGAGAUGCCCGUCACCACCCAUGAUCAAUCUGAUCUCCAUUGGGGGACAACAUCAAGGUGUUUAUGGACUCCCUCGGUGCCCAGGGGAGAGCUCUCACAUCUGUGACUUCAUCAGAAAAACACUGAAUGCUGGGGCUUACAACAAAGCUGUUCAAGAACGCCUGGUGCAAGCAGAAUACUGGCACGACCCCAUAAAGGAGGACAUGUACCGCAACCACAGCAUCUUCUUGGCAGAUAUUAAUCAGGAGAGAGGUGUCAAUGAGUCCUACAGGAAGAACCUGAUGGCCUUGAAGAAGUUUGUGAUGGUGAAAUUCCUGAACGAUUCCAUUGUGGACCCUGUGGAUUCCGAGUGGUUUGGAUUUUACAGAAGCGGCCAAGCCAAGGAGACCAUUCCCUUGCAGGAGACCACUCUGUACACACAGGACCGCCUGGGGCUAAAGAAAAUGGACGAUGCUGGCCAGCUAGUGUUCCUGGCUGUAGAAGGGGACCAUCUUCAACUGUCUGAAGAAUGGUUUUAUGCCCACAUCAUACCUUUCCUUGAGUGAAACCCUUGUAGUUUGCACCAGAGCUCAGGGAGCCCCAGGCGCUUUGAACCAGUGGGAGACUUGCCUAAGCCUGAGCUCACAUCCAGCUUGUAACUAAUCCUUCCCUCUGCUUAUCACCUAACAUGCCCUGUGCAGCAAGAUCUAAGAUUCCAAUCUUAUCCUUUGCCUCAUCCUAUCAGCGUAGCCUCACCACAUCAGCGUACGGUGUUGAAUGCAAGUUUAAUUAGUUAAUAACCACGCAUGGAGAUUAUUUUACAACCCCUUGAUGUGGUCAGGCUGUCUUAGGAAACAGA